AUGGCGGCUUCCAAAUCUGCAGCUGACCAAGCCUUUGCAAUUACCAAUCUGGAGAUUGUUAUUGGUAAUCAGAAGAACAAUAUCCUUCAUGAAAGCAGUUCACAGCUACUAAGCAAUGCCAUAGCAAUUGCGCCCAUUGCUAUGAGUCAAGCACCGAGUUCAUCCCACGUUGUUCAUGCUGACCAAGCCUUUGCAAUUACCAAUCUGGAGAUUGUUAUUGGUAAUCAGAAGAACAAUAUCCUUAAUGAAAGCAGUUCACAGCUACUAAGCAAUGCCAUAGCAAUUGCGCCCAAUGCUAUGAGUCAAGCACCGAGUUCAUCCCAUGUUGUUCAUGGUGAAAAUUCAAAAAAUGAAAAACAGAACAUGCCUACUAGUCAAGGACAAAACAAUUGCUUUUCCCAGAAGGAGUGGGAUGGGCAAACCCACUUUGGAUCCUAA